GUGGGAUGCUCUGCUUCUCGAGUCUUUAAUGGGCUCUGGGCUUUUUACGAUUCUACGUAGCUUGGGCCCAAAUUGCAUCAGAGACCCAUCGAGAAGGCAAAUGAAAAAUGAAUCUAGAGAACUCUGAAGACUGACUCAAAACAACAUCUGUAGGGUUCCUCGUUCGGGUCUCGAUCUCAUCUCUCUAUCAGUUUACAGCUUCCGAUUGACUUUCCGCCAUGGCAGACGAUGAAGUUGUUGAUCCAAAGAAGUACCUUGAAGAAUCGUGCAAACCAAAAUGUGUGAAGCCACUACUCAGUUAUCAGGCGUGUGUCAAGAGAAUCCAAGGUGAUGACUCUGGCCACAAGCAUUGCACUGGGCAGUAUUUCGACUACUGGCAUUGCAUUGACAAAUGUGUUGCACCCAAGCUUUUUGCAAAACUGAAAUGAAAAGAGGCGAAGCUGGAGGCUAUGUUGUCUUGAUUCUUCUUCUUUUGGUUUGAAAGGAUGUAUAAAACGCAGUGAAUCUUGGAACUUUUUAUUUAACUGCAAACCUGAAUGCCAAAUGGCUCUGCUUCUCGGUUUUGUUUUUGUUUCUCUCUCGCAAGUUGCGGUUAUUAUAUUUUUGCUACAGAUGUUGUUAUUGUUCUUCUUGAGUAAUUGCAUGCCUAAUAACAAGUAUGUGCCUUA